AUGGUCUGCUCCAAGAAGAUUACUCUUUCUGUCACCGCCGCCGUCCUUCUCGGCGUGGCUGACCAUGCAAUUGCUGCCCCCCUUCCCCGCAUGGACGUUGCUCCCCGAGCGGAAGGCAGCAUUGGUGCUGCUUAUGAGGCGCCCCUCGUCCAAAGAGAGGUGGAGGCCCUGGAUGAACGUGACGUCGAGGAGGUCGAGGUCCGCGAUGUCGAGCUCCCAGCCGAGCGCGAUGUCGAGGAGGUCGAGGUCCGAGAUGUUGAGGAACUCGUGGAACGUGACGAGGACCUGGAGGAGCGCGAGUUUGACGAGCUUCUCGAGCGGGACUUCGAUGAACUGAUCGAGGAGCGUGAGUUCGACGAGCUUCUCGCGCGCGAUGUCGAGGAACUGAUCGAGGAGCGUGACUUUGAUGACCUCCUUGAUGAGCGCGAUGUUGAGGAUCUGGAGGAGCGUGAGCUGGAGGAAGCUCUUGAGGAGCGCGACUUCGACGAAUACUUGGAGGAGCGUGAGUUCGAUGAGCUCCUUGCGCGCGACCUCGAGCUCCUCGAGCGGGAUGUUGAGGAUAUCUAUGAGCGUGACGCUACCGAGCUGAGCGAGCGCGACAUCGAGGAGAUGUACGAGCGUGAUCUUCUGCUCGACGAAGAUGCCUAUGAGCUCGUCCUGCGCUCGCUGGCUGACGAGAUUGAUGAGCGUGACAUCGCUGACGAGAUCUACGAGCGUUACGACCUCGCAGACCUGGAGGGCCGUGACCUUCAGGAUAUGGAGGAGCGUGACCUCGACGCCGUUUCCGAGUGGAUUGACUUUGCUGUCAAGCGUGGCCUGGACUUUGACCUCGAGUAA